GAUAAGUUUGCAACACCUUUUAGCAGCUGGGCGUCUGUAAUUUAGCUCUCUUAAAUGGAUUAGAAAAGGGCAGCAUUUGGUGCUUGGCUUUCAAGUGGAUGAUUAGUGGAGAAACAUCUACAGAAUCAACAGGAAGAGGCUUUUGGCAUUAAUGUGGAGGGACGUGAAUUAGAAAGAAGAGGGCUUAGUUAUAUCACCUACUUAAAAACUUGCCUGUUAAAGCUUGGAUGGCAGCGGUAAAGCUUCUUCCAGGUUUAGAAUCAAUAAUAUGGUCCCCUGGAGAUGUAAUGGAUUGUACUUGAGGGGAGUCUGUUUGAGCGCUUGGACCGGCCUUGAAGCAGAAUCAGAUUUGGGCAGGAGGUUCAAAGCAAAGUGUUUUGUGGCUCAUAGCUGGAUGAGGUAAUUGUGCAGGUGGGGAUGAACAUGAACAUAUUGGCAGUUGGCAGAGUUUAAAGUUCGUCUGGUGAUUUUUAUGUUAUAAAGAUGGUUGAUGAGAAGGGUGUAUUGAUUGUCUGCAGAAGUUCAGGUUAUUAUGUUUUUUUGAGGGGGGUCAAAGGCUGGUUAGACACUGUGGGAUGAGUUGAGCUUUUGGGUAAUGACUUAAAUAGUUAAGAGUAUAUAUUAAUUACCAUAUAGCUGGUUGAAGAACUCAUAAUGUUCCUGUACUGGAAGAAGCGUGGAGCAUAUGAGCUCGAGGCAAUGCCGCCUUCUCUCACUCAAAUGGGAAUAGAGCGCUACUCCUGGUCUUCAUCCCUGGACGUCAUCCAUGAUCUGUGUGAUGACAAGCCCGUCCAGGAGGAGGACUGGGUGGUGUGCCAGCACCCUGAGUGUCCUGAGCGCCGGAGGGCCUCUAAGGUUUGCCACCACCCAGACUGCCAAGACCUGAAUAACAAAAGCCCCCUUCACCUGUGUGAGUCAUGUGACUCACGCAGCCAUUCGGAGAACACGGACAACAUGCACUUUGACCGGCACCCCCGAUUUGACUUACAGCCUCAAGCCUCCAUCCUGGCUCGGAACGUGUCCACACGCUCCUGUCCCCCGCGCACCAGCCCCCCCUCCGACCUAGAGGAAGAGGAUGAGGGGAGCAGUGACCGCGGAGAGCGCAAAACGGGGGGGAUGAAGUUGGUGAAAAAGAAGACAAGGAGACGACACACUGACGACCCCAGCAAGGAGUGCUUCAGCCUUAAGUUUGAUCUCAACGUGGAUAUAAACACAGAAAUUGUACCUGCAAUGAAAAAGAAAACCCUGAGAGAGGUUCUAGGUCCAGUGUUUGAGAGGAACGGCAUCGAGCUGUCCCGGGUCGACUUGUUCCUGGAUCAGUCCAACACGCCGCUGUCCCUCAACUUCGAGGCCUACCGUUUUGGAGGACACUACCUCAAAGUCAAAGCACGAGUAGGGGAUGAGCUGAAGGUGGAGCAGGGUGUGAAGGACCUGCGGUCGCUCAGUCUGCCCAACAUGAAGCCCUCUGGAGGUCAGAGCCCCUACAUCCUCACCCCAGGCAACGAGAGGGUGGAGCAUGGAUCUCUGGGACGCAAAGAAAGCGUGGAUCUGUUGGGUCAGGCUCGACGGAGGAAGAACAUGACAGAGUUCCUGGGAGAGACUAAUAUUCCUGCUCCGGAUGCUCUGGGACUGGGUGGCUCUCUGCCCGGUGCCGGUCCUGACAGCUGGAAGAACCGAGCCGCCAGCCGCUUCAGCGGCUUCUUCAGCUCCAACGCUGGAGCGGGGCCCUUUGGCAAGGAGUCGGACCGUCUGGAGCAGCUCCAGAGCAAACUCCAUUCCUACAUGUUGUUCGGGCUUCCCAAGGUGCCGCGGCAGCUCUCCUUCCACCAGGACUCCUGGGAGGAGGAGGAGGAGACCAACCUGGUCCUGGAAGACAGUUGGCAGAUGCUACUGGACAACUCAGAGACAUUGACAAGGCGACAGUUCCACCAACAGGAGGCAAUAUGGGAGCUGCUGCAGACGGAGGCAACUUACAUAAAGAAACUCCGAGUCAUCACUGAUCUGUUCCUGAGUGGGCUGCUGAACCUGCAGGAGAGCGGCCUGCUGAUGGAGGUGGAGCCCGCCAAGCUGUUCAGUAACAUCCAGGAUCUUGUCAUCCUCCACACGUCCCUGUGGAACCAGGUCAUGCUGCCCGUCCUCGAGAAGGCCAGGCAGGCCCGGGCGUUGCUCGACCCCACCGACCUUCACCACGGCUUCAGGACGUUUGGCUCCAGAUUCCAGCCCUACAUCAUUUACUGCAUGGAGGAGGAAGGCUGCAUGGAGAACAUGCGCACGCUUCUCAGGGACAAUGAGCUCUUCAGGACCUACGUCACGUGGGGAGAGACCCAUAAGCAGUGUAACCGUCUGAAGCUGGCCGACAUGUUGGCGAAGCCUCAUCAGAGACUGACCAAAUAUCCACUCCUACUGAAGAGCGUUCUCAAGAAGACGGACGAGCCAUCGGCCCGUGAUAUUGUCAACAGCAUGGUGGCCGCAGUAGAGGACUUCAUCAACAGCGUGGAGUCCGAGAUGCGACAUCGUCAGGAACAACAGAAGCUGGCCACCAUCUCUGCCCGUAUAGACUCCUACGAAGCCGUAGAGGGCAGCAGUGAAGAAGUGGAGAAGAUCCUCAAGGAUUACAACUGCUUCGACCUCAUGGCUCCCAUGAUAGGAAUUUCACCGAAGGAGACUCGACAGCUGCAUCUUGAGGGAGCGCUGAGGAUGAAAGAGGGCAAAGACAGUAGGAUGGACGUCUACUGUGUCCUGUUCACCGACCAGCUGCUAAUUACCAAGCCAGUGAAAAAAGUGGAGAAAGUCAAGAUCAUCCGCCAGCCUCUCCUCAUUCACAACGUCGUCUGUAAGGAGCUCAAAGACCCUGGCUCAUUCAUCCUCAUCUACCUCAACGAGUUUAAGAGUGCAGUAGCAGCCUACACUUUCCAAGCCAACAGCGCCACCCAGGGGCGAAGCUGGAUCGAUGCAAUCUGCAACAUCCAGAACCAGCACCAGAAGCUUCGCAAUGAGGAGCUCCUUCAAGAGGAGGAGGAGGAGGAAGAUGAGAGCAGCAACUCCACCCCAAGUUCCCCAUGCCUGAGGCACGAAGACCAGCAGAACUCAAGUCAAUCAGAUGGUUCCACUGAGACCCUGUCAGUGAUGGACAUUGAUGAACCAGGCGAACUCCAAGAGCCUCCCUCCCCGAACAUGAACCUCGAGGGAACCAGUAAGAAAGACUCCGAUGUGGCUCUCCUGUCUGAGAGGACUGAGGUCCAGCAGUCUCAGCCCGCGAGCUCCAACAGAGUUCACCUCAGUGUUUACUCUGAGCGCGAUCAGGAGACGGGUCCCGACGGCGAGGAGCUGGACCCCCAGUGUCGCUCUCUUUCCAUGGACAGCGCCUACGGCACCCUCUCCCCUGAAUCCCUCCUGAGAGAACUUCAGCCUCAGCCCGGCCAAAGUAAAGGAGAGGAGGCUGAGGAGGACGAGGGAGACGGGGAGGUCGAGGAGGCUGAGCAGGAAGAGACAGAAUUUGAGGAGGUAGAAGAAGAGCAGGAGGAGGAGGAGGAGGAGGAUGCUACCUCACUGGGGUCCCAGGUGUCAGUAGUCCAGUCUUCUAAACCUCGCCGGCGGCCUCACGUUCAGUCCCGAGUCCCCUGCCUCCUGAAGCUGCCCACUAUGACCUUAUCCCGCUCUGAGGACAAUCUGCUGCAGCGCCUCCAGGGUGAAACCCCCGCAUCCCACCACACACACUCACUCAGCUCUAAUGAGCAGGACCAAUCAGAAUGUAGGGACAAGGACACGUCACCUCUGGCACACAGUAGAAGCCUGACGGAGCUGGGCCCAAACUGCAUGGAGCUGUUUUCCAGUGACCUCGACCAGUCUGAAGACAGCUUGAGCAUGAGCAUGCCCUCCCACAAACUCUGUGCCACCCUGAGGAGGGCGCAGGCCAGGCACGGCCACCCGGCAAUCGCCGAACUACGCGAGGGUAAUGAGUCCCAAAGCAACAGCUCGGACGGGGAAACGGCUCCAUCUGCCUGCGUAGAAAGGACAAACAAGUCAACAGCCACCGAGGAUUCGGGGGAAGCGUCACCUAAAAAGAGGAAAUCACCGGCCCAGCAGCACAAGAAGCUGACACUAGCUCAGCUGUAUAGAAUACGCACCACUCUGGUCCUCAACUCCACACUCACUGCAUCGGAGGUAUAACCACUCUUCCAAACAGCUGACCAGUGGCAUUUGAGCAUAAUAAGGAACAACGUUUGUUUUGCUUCGAUGGGACUAAAUUUCUUGAGACACAAAUGCACUCUCUCUCUUGCUGCCCUCUCCCUUCUGGUUGCUUUUUUUGGACAUUGAUCGUACCAUUUUUUGCAUUUGAACAUUUUUUUCUUUGCUGUUGCAUUGAAUUUCUCGAGUGGAAGGGAGAGGCAGAGAGACAUUAACUGCUUGCACUUUGCAACGGAAGUAGCAUUAUAGGGGCUGGGACCUUAAGGUGGACUGGAGGGGGUGUGUGCACCGGAGUGGAGGUGGAUUUGAAUCCUGCAUCUUCUCUGACUCUGGUAACGGAGGCAGAGAGAGGAACACUAAGUUUUGAAAAUGCUCUCUACACGUGGCUAAAAAAAAAAAAAAAAAAAAAACAGCACCUAGAACGUCCUCCUAAUAUUUAUACUACUCCUGGUUUGCUUUAACAAAAGAAAAAAAAAGAAAAUUGCACAGUUAUCUAUGUUAAGUAGAAGAAUCACUAAGGAGUGAAUUUACAGUCACACAAUGAAUUAGAAUUUAUUGUUUGUGUCUGCUUGUGUACAGAUGUGUGUGUGUGUGUGUGUGUGUGUGUGUGUGUGUGUGUGUGUGUGAAUGUGUGUGUGAAUGAAUGUCUUCUGUUUGAAUAAUAACAUGAUCCUCGAUUCCUGACUGAACCAAAACUGAUGGUGCCUUCAAGUGGAACUCGUGAGCUCGUGUUCACAACAUGGGAAGUCGUGUAGCAAGUGGGUAACAUAAUGCAGGAGAUGCAAAGGCAUAAUGGCAGAGGAAAAGGAUGUCCUCAGAAAUAUUAUAAAACUAAGAAGAAAAACAAUAUACGACUAAAAUUACAAUAUAUUUGCUUAUUAUGCACCGAAAUAUGAACUUCCACGGCCUCCGCCAUUUCUGACAACGUCUAUAAACACCUCACAAUUCGUGAACUCUGAGUUUUCAAAAACGUUCCACUUACGAGGUCGUGAAUACCACAAGAGGGGGGCGUUCAUAUAAACUCUUCUCGUGAACACGGUGAACACGACCCCAUUUGAAGGCACCAUGAGUCCCAUCUCCUGUGAAUACGCUAACACACCCAAAGAUGGAAGUAGCCUGGAGAUUAACAACAAAGUGCACCCAAAAGGUCCAAUAUAGCCAAUCAUGUUUCAACACACAGAUGGACUUCCUUCUUUACUGUUAAUCUUGGUUGAACUAACGAGAGUUGAUUUCCUACAAAAUAAACUGACUGAAUAUGGGUGACUAAAGCUAUUUUGAGGAAUUCCCUGCACUAUAUAUGGGUGUUUCUGCAACUAUGGGCAUAUUUAAGUUCCAGCAAUGAAAUUUUGGAUUUGUGUUAAAUUUGCGGUGUAAUGCUUGAUAAAUAUAUGCACAGUGUUAUUACCCAUCUUGACAUAAAAAAAGAAUUACUAAAUAAUGUGAUUUAAUACAAUUUAUCAAGCAUGUUAUGGGUCCAAACACCACUUUUCUUCAUGUCCCAAAACUGUGGUCUAAAAGAGCAAAUUCAAUUAUAAUAUUUGUUUCAUAUACAUAUUACUUUACACCAUAUUAAAAUUAUUUAUUUGUUUACUAAUUAUUUAUAUGAUUUCUUCAUCUAAAUACGCCUCUCCCACACUUCUGAGUCCUUACCGCGGCACUGAACAAAACGCCAUAAUAAAAGUUUUAUUCAAAGCCAAACAAAUCUAGUUUCUAUGGCAACAGAUGAUAGCAAGUGAGCACAUGGAUGACAGGUUGGGACACCCACACAGGUGACCGUCAAGAUCAAGAAAAACAAGUGUUGCGUCCGAAAUUUCAUACUAACAUGCUAUUUAGUACGCUAAAACAGUGUGAGAUUUUUUUUGUAUCUCCGAAACCUUAGUAUGAAACCAAUAGUACGCAAAUUGCAUACUCUCCCUGGUGAAAUAUUACAGUAUGCAACGCUAGCUAGACACUACGGUGGCAAAAAUAUCCCACAAUGCAAUGCGGUAGUGACAACAAUGUUCAUAACAGAUGUUGACAGUUGUAUAACAUCAAUAAAGCUUCAAUUUAACCGGAAGUAUAAGAUUUCACUUUGCUAGGUGUAAUGUAUAUUCUAAAUUAGUUCAGGCUUUCGAUUCUCACAAAUUAUCAUUUUGGUCACAUGAGGUUGGCACGGGUUACCAUGGUUAUACGUCUCCAACCGGCAAGGAGACUCUCAGGAAGUGACGACAUGCAUUACUGCUCAGUGUGUCCGAAAAGAUAAUACUACUGUUUAAUCACACAAAAUUAUGUUGGACACAUGGUACACAUAUUGGGUAUCUAGUGCAUACUAUGUGGUUUCGGACAAAGCCAAGGUUAAGGUCAUCUUUUCUUCUGAAGUAUUUAUUGUGUGUCCUUACCAUACAGCUUAGUAAUUAAUAAUUUUGAACUACAUUUAAAAAAUAACUGAAUUUAAAUGUCUUAAAAAUAUUAUAGAAAUUUAAAAAGCAAAAUGUAUAAAAAUGUACGUUAUUGUAAUGUUGCGGUAAGGACAUUUAGUAUGAGAAUAAGUGAUAAAAAAACAUAAAGAAUAAACAUGUUACAGAUUAAAAUCUUAACCACUAUAGGUAAU